AUGCUCUGGAGGGCGGCGGCGGCGGAGGGCGAGGACCACUUCGACCGGGUGCCCGACUCCCUCGUGCUGCUCAUCUUCAACAAGCUGGCCGACGCGCGGUCGCUGGGGCGCUGCUCCGCGGUGUCGCGCCGCUUCAGCGCGCUGGUCCCGCUCGUGGACGACGCCUGCCUGCGCAUCGACCGCGUCAUCCCCGCCGACGCCGCCGACGCGGGGGCGCCGCGCCCGCGCGCCGCGCUCUCGCACCUCCUCGAGUCCGUGCUGCUCGCCGUGCUCAAGCCCUUCGCGCACUGCGACGCCAAGUCCGCGUCGCCGCAAAAGCACGCGCAGCAGCAGCAGCAGCACCACUCGCCCGCCCAGGUGCUGAGGAACUUCAGCAGCAUCCGCAGCCUCCGGAUGGAGCUCCCGGUCUCCGACGUGGGCACCGACGACGGCGUCGUGCUCAGGUGGAAGGCCGUGUUCGGCAGCACGCUGCAGAGCUGCGUCAUCCUCGACGGCACCAGGGUGGACCGCGCCGCGGCCGCGGGACCGCCGCACGCCCCCUCCUCCGCUCCCCCCGCGGGCGACGACGACGGCGGCAGCAUCCCGGAGUCCCUGUACACCAACGGCGGCCUCAAGCUGCGCGCCGUCUGGACCAUCAGCUCCCUCAUCGCCGCGGCCACCAGGCACUACCUCCUCCGCGAGAUCGUCAAGGAGCACCCCACCCUGGAGCGGGUGGCGCUGACGGACGCCGACGGGCCCAUGAAGGAGGCCGUGGCCACGCUCGGCAAGCGCCACGCCUACCUGCUCGAGAUGAACGGCUUCUAG